GAUCACUUUCUUUUCCUGGAGUCCAUCUUUAUAUUGUGAAUUCGUAUAAUAUGGUCAUUUUCUUUCAGUGCAGUACUGAACACAAUGUAAUUCCUCGUCUAUGAAUAGUCGUCCUCUGCUUUACCCCCAGAAUAGUCUACAUUCUGUUAGGCUCCCGUGGCUCUUGUGUCCUGUCAAGGGAACGCACGCUCGAGACCCAGCAGUUCACUGGAGUCGCAGCUCAGUGCAGUGCGCCUCGCUUGCCCGUGGUUGGUUGGAGUUGCCAAGUACCUCGUAUUAAACACGGAUCGUUGUUUUUUUGUUUUUUUUUUACUCGUCCAUUGAACCUUUAAAUAUUUUACGUUUACAGCUACGAUGUUGGUGCAUUUUAUUGUGCGAAUUAUAUUUCGUAAAGAAAGCUAGGCUAGGGCUAAGCAAGUUACUAUCCAACCCAUGUGUAGGCUUUCCUCACGAGUUUUUUUGCGCAAGGUGAUAGUGACAAUGACGACAGUUGAGCUGCGGUUGUAGUUGAUUGAGAGAUUAACGAGUGGAGUGUUUAUGGAUAAAUACCAUGGAUAUUUGAAAGUAUCAUCAGACUUGGAUACAUAGGAGUGGACAAUUGUGAUGAUUUGUCGUCUGUUACACCAACGCUUCUCCAACUUCUGGCUUUAGGCAUUACUUCUGAAGGAAGACCAUGGCGACACAUACCACUCCAGUGUUUUCGAAACAGGUGCUUAUCUGGCUGGUUGUAGCGUGGCAGUCUGUGUCGGUGUUAGCAUGCGGUGGGACCUACGAGUACGCCAUUGAGGAAUUCUGUUUGGAGAAAUUCAAGCUGGACAUGGAGGAACUGGACCAGCAUCACUGGUGCAGCUGGGAAGACACAGUGGAGCCUUACUGUGAGCUCACCAACUGCACCUAUCUGAUUGCUCUGAAGAUGGACUGCUUCUGGCCAAACCGGGCGGUGGACGAGUUCUUCAUACGCGUCCACAAGCACUAUUUCCACGACUGCGCCCCGACAGGCCGGCUGCUGCGUGACCCGCCCAACCGUAUCCUGGGGCCAUUCAUUGUGGUGCCAAUCCUGGUCACGUUGCUCAUGACCGCCCUAGUGGUGUGGAGGAGCAAGCGCAGUGAAGGCAUGGUGUAGCGAGGCUGGACCCAACCUCCAGGAUACAUGUCAGGGGAGAAGGGGUCCAGAAGAGGCCUCUCCUUCACCCUCCACCGGAGACAGAGACAAAUACACAUAACACUGUUGCUUCUACAGUACAGAAAUCAGGCAAAACACUGGGAGGACUUUCAAAGCCAGUGUCAAGGACAACAUCGACCAACAUAUAGAUCAUCUGUGGGACUAUCAAAGUGUUGGACAGGAGACAGAGCCACAGGCAAGAGGAAAAGUACACUCAUUAGACGUCUCAGGAUGAUUGGUUAAAAAAAAGCUUUGUCUGCCAAUCUGAAAUAGGUAGAGAAUCAGAUGGAGUUGGAUUGGUUUAAAGGACCUCUGGAACACAUCAGGUCAUUUGAUGUGCAUUAGGUUGGGACACUUUAUCACAGCUUCUGGAAUAAACUUUUAAAAGUCAGUCACUGAUUGGUUGAUAGAAAGCAUCGUCCUGUUACCUUUCUGCCACAUGGAUGCUGUCUGCAUCCUAACUCUACUCUCCUGAAAAACAUCAAUCUUCUACUAACCUAACUCUGCCCUGGUGACUGUCUAUACCUGUCUGAAUACAUUUCUUUACUCAUCCUUCACAUCCUUUUCUUUGUGUUUUGUGCCAAAAUGCUGUCAGUAAUAAAUAGAAUCACAAACAUAUGGAAAUAAGAGAAUAACACCAUUGACAUUGUGUACCAUUGUGUACCACAAACCUUGAUUAAAAG